AUGACACCCAUCAAGAACCGCUUCCUCUUUCCAAAAGCACAAGCGCCACUCGCCCUCCUUCUUUUCCUGCCGACAACCCUCUUUUCUCCACGGAAGCCUCCUGUCAUCGAAUCCUUCGUCACGCCACAUUGGUGUCACCCCCAACAGCCGCCGCUCUUCCACAUCCAACUGCCCCCAUCAACCACCAUCACCAUAGCCGAGCCAAUCACCACACCCGCCUCCUCCAUGCUCCUACCAAACAGUCUGUCAACCCAUCCCACUCCAGAACCCCUACUAUCUUCCGUCCACAUUCCUCCCCUGACACCACUGGUUCCACGGAACAGGCCCAUCGAUCCCUCCACCAACCACUCUCGUCCCUCUCUACCGCCACAUCAACCCCCUCCACUGACACCAGUACUGCCUCCUACGUCAACGCUACAGCAGCCCUGGCUUCCCCAACGCGACCCAGCGACAUCCCCACCCGCCUCCUCUUCGCCAGCCUUUCGCUACACCCAACCAGCCCACAAUCCCAACAACUCUGGAACCUCUCAGCUACCGAAUCUUUCUUCCCCAUUCCAACGCCUCCAGCCCACAGCCAUGGCCAAAACCAAAACCAAGAGGAGCCGUACCAAGCGUCGCCAGACCCCACCGCGAGCUCCAACACCACUGAUUCCUUCCUCCAAAGCCUCAGCAACAACAGCAACAACAACCGCUCCAUCCUCCAGCCAAGAGAGCCACGGCAUAGGAGCCCAACCAGACCCACUCCGCCCAGACCCAAGCGUCGCCGCCGCAAAUGAGUCCACCAGCAGCAACAGCUCCUCUUCCUCCUCAUCCUCCUCAUCCGAAAGCAACAGCAACCAUGAUAGCAAACCUGCUGCCACCACCCCUGCUGCCACCACCAAAGCUGCAACCAAUGCCACUACCAAAGCCCCACAGAAGAGGUCCCCCACUACCGCCAAACAUGCCUCUACUCCCAAAGAAGUAUCCACUGGGCCACACCCUGCUAAUGCAUCCUUUGCCUCUGGCCUCUCAUCCAACCCCUUCUCUGUGCUUGCUGAUGAUGCCAUGUCCGUUGCUGCCUCUGAUGAUGCCACCCCCACCGAAGUAAACAUCCUCCAAGGCUGGUCCCCUGAGCCCCUGCUCCCAUCUCGAGUUGCUGCUGCCAUCCGUUCACUGCACAAAUACUAUGCCUUUGAACUCAACCCCACCUCCGAAGCAGUCAUCACCGACAUCCUCCUUCGAGCAGACAAGGUGUCGCCCCCACCCAAACGCCACACUGCCGUCACCCCCGACCGCAAACCCGCUGCAGCCCGGGCAACUUCCACCUCGAAACUGCCCCUCGCUCCUCCCACCCACAUCACCACUGACACCAGCACCGAUACUGCCAACCAAGUCAUCGCCCAGACCCCGCGCAUGAACCCAGCUCACAUGCACCCCACCACACCACCAUCCCAAAAGCCCUCGGCCCCCACACCCACCUACGACCUCAACCCCAAUGCUCCCUAUGAGAAACAUGGUGGCAGCCUCACCAGACGCCGCUUCACUGGCAUCUACACCCACUCCCAUGACGAAGACACCUCCAACCUUGACAGUGAUGUCAAAUCCAUCGUCCAACUUGCACUUGCCCACCACACUAUCCACUUCCCCGGAGGCAUCCCAUUCAAGCUCUGGGAUAUCACCUUCAAAGAACAGACUGCCUCCGGCCCCAACAAAGCCAACCGCCUCACUAAGUAUGCUGUCACCUUCGUCCCAGCAAUCACCGCUGACCAAUUCGACCCUGAACUGUUCACUGAUGCCUGCAACCUGUUUGUCAACUCCAACAUGCCCGGGCACUCAUCCCAGGACCCACCCUUGGCCCCCGCCCUGGCCAGCAAGGCAUCCCAGCAGCCAUUGACCACAUCUCCCAAGCCUUCUUCCACUACCUCUGCCCCCUCCUUCAACCAGCAAGACCCCUAUGCCCUGUCCAUCUCCACUGAGGAACUCUUCAGCGACCAAGUUGGUAUCCGUGUUGGCUAUGUCUCUGUUCCCAACACCCCCCACGGCGCCAGCGUCCUCUUUCUAUGCACAUCCACCCCUGGGGUGUUUGCCGCCAUCAUGGCAGCAGUCAACCUUGGCGAAGCCAAGAAGAUCCCCUUCCUUUAUGGUGGUGUGCCCCUCACACCCCGCCCCUUCCCGUCACCCAGAGAUAAGGCACCCCUAGUGGCUGGCAUUAAAAGGGCCAUGGCUGCCCUUCACGACCCCCUCCAGCAUGUCUCCCACACCACAACCUCUGUCGUAGUUGCCACUGCAGCUGAUGAGGCAGCACUCCUCGCUGAAACUCCCCACCUGGCAUACCUCACCUACAACUUUGACCCCGGAGACCCCUUUCCAUCCAGCAUCACACUGAUCUUCUGGGCUGACCGCCACCAAAUGCACGUCACCGAACGCAACCUUCGCGCCAUCAUCCCACCCCCCCCGAAACCCAGCCUCGUUGCCCCACCACCACCUCCACCCAAGUCACCAGCUACCCCCAAAUCCCCCUACCUUGUCAAUGGCCUCCCAGCUCACAUGAUUCCACCUCCUCCCAAAGCUACACCCACCCCAACCACACCCAUCACCCAACACUCCCAGUCCCAGUCCCAGCCCAAGCGCCCCCGCGCCACCUCACCCACCACACCUCCCAACUGCUCCCACUGGCCAUCCCGAGGACUCCAUGUCCAUUGACGCGCAGAAUUGCUGAUUGCUGAUUGAUGGUGACUUGUGCGUACCCCCUCCCAAAACCCCAAAUGGCCCCCGCCCAUCUUCACCAACCCCGACUACACCGACCUCCCCGAAAUCAUCUACUGCAUCACCGAAAGCUCCACAGCCAUCAGUGGAUUUGAAACUGCCCGUCAUCUUGUCGCCGAACACUACCCCCAGCACUACAGCCCUUUCAUGCACCUCCUCCUCGACACCCUUGCAGACCAUGGAAC